AUGGCGCCGAAGAAGGAUACAGCUGUCACUGCUACCAGGGCAAGGCUCUCUCGAGCAGCAAAAGAUAAACCGAAGGAGUCUCCUGAGCCCAUUCCAAAGGCUACACCCAAAGCAAUCAAGAAAACACCAGGCCGUCCAAAGAAAUCCAUUCCUACAAAGAUUUCCACCCCAGAAGUAGGUUCAGCUAGCGAUGCGAAAGGCAAAGGCAAAGGGAGAGGGAAGGGAAAAGGAAAGGAGACCGAUGUUGCAAUAACGGAAGUGCCCACAGAUUCUGCUUUUAAUAAUGAAAUAAUACAUCAAGAAGCAAGCUAUCCAAAUCCAUUCUCUACAGGAAGCUACCGCAGAAAUACCGCGGCUUUACUUUCUCAAUGGGAUUCUACAAAAUCACCCGUCAAUGUUUCCCCAGAAUCGCGAAAACAACUCGUUAGUGAGAUGCCAAAGUCCAAACCACAGAGGUCUGCGAAAUAUAAGCAUGAUAAAGCACACUCGGCGUCAGAAAAAGGGCACAUUUUCAUCCUCCCACCAGCUUCCAAGGACAUGGGUGAGCAAACCUCUCAGCUCUUCGAUGCCAACAAACAAAACCGCUUGAACUCUUUAGUAGGAAGGUUUCCCGACCCGACUUAUCCUCGGGCUAGUAUAUCUGAUGGGACAGACCAUUCACCCAGGUUCAGAUCGGCAAUGGGGUUCAGAUACUCUCCGGGAUUUGGAGGACCACGAGGCUUCAAUGCGAGCCCAACUUAUCAAUUUGGCUUUAAUCCGAGGCGAAGUACAUCUGCAAUACCCGGGGCUGAGGUUCUAGUACCCUCGAAGCCGUUCAAAUCAGUGGACCUUACCAAUUCUAAUGCUGAUGCCGGUCCUAGUUCUCGUGGCGAUGGAGUAGCAACCGGACUUUCAUCGACUAGACCCGCAUCCAUAGGUGGACCACCAACAUAUUCCGCGGACCAUAACCCUGAAUAUUACCACCAGUUUUCGACAGAACAGAAGAACUUUAUGGAUUUCAAUCCGAACAGAUUAGGUGCCUUUGGACAGAAUUAUAAAUGGUUCGAACCACGAGCAUUACCACCAUGGGGACAGCAGGGAACAUUUCUUCCUGGGAACCCACAAUACCAGAAUCCCGAGGGAAGACAAGCUUGGUAUAAUAAUUGGAAUGCGUCGCAGCAAAAUCUUCCUUGGAUACAAGGUUACUCCUCCGACCCAACAUCAGGUUACUCUUCGAUACCAAGCUACCCCCCGAUGCCAGAGUUCGGAUCUUUUCCUGCACAUCAUGAUUAUCAAGCGCCUUCACACUCGGCACAGACAGGUCAAUCAUCUGCUGAGGGGAAUGCUACAGCUACUACCAAUUUAGAGGCACAAGGUAUCAGGGAGAGUAGGAUGACACGGGAGAAAACCAUUUUUGUACCAGGAGGAAAGAUAGUCAAAACAUCUACCACAAUAUUCACGCCGACUGAUGAAAAUAAGAAGAAGAAGGGCAAACAUGUAGAAAAGCCGCCAGAGGACAAAAUCGGUAUAGUAGUGGUAGAUAAAGAGGGCAAUGUUGAUGUUGAGUCUGGAGAUUGGCUGGAAGGAUUCAAUAGAAUCGAAGGAUGGGAAGUAGAAGCUUUACUAGGUCAACACAAAAGAUGGCGACCGCACAGAAAUCGGGCUGUAGAUACUAGGAAGGGCAUUACAAAGAAACCUUCGACGCAGAAGAAAUCUACUGCUCCGUCAAUAAUGCCAACCUCACCUCAGCUUCCACAGCUAAUGUCUCCCGAGCUUGCACAUCCAAAGCCUCCCACAACGACAGCGCCAUCACCGACUCUAGAUUUCAUCCCCUUUGAUUUUCCACCCUCCCAGAACACAACACCCACCCGCACACGAGCAACAAGAAUAUCAAAAGCAAAUCCUAAUUCCGCCAAGCAGAAAAACUCUCCAAAGACUAAAUCUAAAACACCAGCACUUAAACCUAAAGCCGGCGCUGGAAAAGUCACCAAAUCAACUUCAGCCCCAACUCGUAGUCUUCGUUCCAGCACCUCACCUUCCAAAACUACAGCCUCUGAAACCAAAACUGAUAAUAAGUCCAAGACCUCUAAGUCUAAACCUAAUUCUGCAACUUCUAAAUCUAAAUCCGCAUCGGCCAAAGCAACUGCAGCAAAACAAUCAAAAAUAACUCCACCACAAUCUCAAUCUCAAUCACAAGCCGAAUCCCAACCCAUCCCCGAAACCUCACUCGAAAACUCUACAACAAAAAUUCCCUCCCCAGAAUCAUCAGGAAGCACAUCCAAUCCGAACCCCACUCCGCCACCAAAACCCCCCUCCAACAAUCCCUCAAACACCCACACUCCCAACCCCAACCCCCUCCCCCAACAAUCCCACACCUCCCCCACCAUCUCUAAUCCCAUCUCCAAUUCAAACCCCACCCCCAACCCCAAACCCAGCAUUCAAGAAUUCCCCCCCAACACCACAGAACUCAAACAACAAAUCCAAGAGUGCCAAAGCCUCGCCAAUCAAGCCGCAGAAAAUAUGGAUCGAUUACGUGGAAAAGGAGCGGCGAAGUCCGCGAAGAAUUUCGAGGAGCUGAUGAAGUUUGUGGAGGCUGGAUGGGUGGAGUUGGAGAGGAGGGCGGAGGAGGGGGUAUAG